CCUCUGCGGCCGCCGGCUCGGCCUCCAUCUUGAAGCUCCUCCUCCGCGGGAGCCGAGCGCCAAACUCGAAGCACAAGAUGGCGGCGGAGUGUUUGUUCAACCGGCCGGUGUGCGUGCAAGUGCGGUGCCAGGGCUGCGAGGAGAGGAGAUUAAAUGUUCGAGUGAAUAUUGAGCUACUGUCAAUUUCUAAUCCUGUUCAUAAAAAGGAUUUAGCUGUCCGAUUGACUGAUGAUUCUGAUCCUUUUUUCCUGUAUAAUCUUGUCAUAUCUGAGGAAGAUUUUCAAAGUUUAAAAUCCCAGCAGGGUCUCUUGGUAGAUUUUUCUGCUUUCCCGCAAAAAUUUAUAGAUCUACUUCAACAAUGUAUUCAGGAACAGAACAAAGAUAUCCCAAGGUUUUUGCUGCAGUUAGUUUCUUCAGCAUCUGUUCUAGAUCACACACCUGUCUCUUUAAAUGUGGUGGAGACAAACCCUUUCAAACAUCUUACACAUCUCUCUCUAAAAUUCCUACCAGGAAAUGAUGCAGAAAUAAAGAAGUUUUUAGCCAGCUGUUUGAAAUGCCUUAAGGAAGACAAAGAGAUGCUGGAACAAAAGCUUAGAAAAACUGAAGAGGAUUUUACCAGGCAGUUGAGCUACACUCAGCAGAGCUUGUCAGAAAAGAGCCAAGAACUAGACAAGCUGAAAAAUGAAUGGACAACAUAUACCACAGCUCUAACAAACACACACACACAGGAACUGACAAAUGAAAAGGAAAGAGCUCUCCAGGCACAAGCUCAGUACCAGCAACAGCAUGAACAACAGAAAAAGGAAUUAGAAAGUUUGCAUCAGAAGAGUAUUCAGCAGUUGCAGAACAGACUCUCAGAACUGGAGGUCAUCAAUAAAGAUCUAACAGAAAGGAGAUAUAAAGGAGACUCCACAGUUAGAGAGCUAAAAGCAAAGCUCUCUGGAGUAGAUGAUGAAUGCCAAAGAGCAAAGCAGGAGGUGCUGUCACUGCGUCGGGAGAACACUACUCUGGAUGCUGAGUGUCAUGAGAAAGAGAAACUCAUUAAUCAGUUACAAACACGGGUUGCCGUUCUGGAACAAGAGAUCAAAGAUAAGGAUCAAUUGGUGGUUAGGACAAAAGAAGUAUUGGAUGCAACACAAGAACAAAAGGUGAUACUGGAAGAGAGUACAGAAAAGAAACAAAGUCAUAUUGAAAAACUUGAGACAACAAUUAAGUCGCUGUCAGCUGAACUUCUUAAGGCGAAUGAAAUUAUCAAGAAAUUACAAGGAGAUUUGAAAACACUAAUGAGUAAACUGAAAUUGAAAAAUACAGUAACAAUUCAGCAAGAAAAACUGUUGGCAGAAAAAGAAGAGAGACUUCAAAAGCAGCAGAGAGAAUUGCAGGAAACGGGACAAUCUCUUCAAAUGAAAGAACAGGAGGUUUGCAAGCUACAAGAACAGCUAGAAACAACGAUACAAAAACUGGAAGAAAGUAAGCAGUUAUUAAAAACGAAUGAAAAUGUAAUUACAUGGCUAAACAAACAGCUGAAUGAAAUUCAGAUGGCAAAGAAGUUAGAGACUUCUAGCAGUCCACAUGGUGGUGUUAGGCCUGGUAUUUCACCUCAAGGCAUGCUCGAUCGACCAUCCUUUCCCAGCUCAGGAGUCAGUCAUCCCAUUUCUCCUCUAUAUGCACUCCAGAACUUUCCUGAACCAGCGGGUAGGAAAAGUGCCAAUCUACAAUGUCCAGGACCAAAGAUUCAGUUUAACACACAGCUUUCUAAAAUGAAUCGAUGUGCAGAAGUUCAGAGAGUGACUGCUGCAACUGGUCAUCCAGCAAAUAAAGAGAAUGGUGAUAAUUUUGGGCUGGAACCAAAGUAUUUCAAGAAAAAAGAUGACAGCGUUCCUUUACGAGGGCUUAGUCAAAAUGCACUUAACUCAGAGUAUUUGAAAGCCUACUUAUCAACAAAAGCACAACCAUCACCAAAAGCUGCAGUAACAACAGCCUCUGCUUAUUUUCCUGGAUAGUAGACAGUAUCUUUUUUAAAGUAAGAAUUCUCUUAACCCCUUCAGGUGACUUUUGGAUGUCCUAUAAGUAAGAUAUUUAAUAACUCACUUCUUACAGGUGAAGUAUCAACGUGACCUGACUUUUCAGUAAGAUCAAAUCCGCUUUCUUUGAGAAAGUUAUCUUGACUAAUGUGGAUGACUUUUCAAGAUACUUUUAAGUCAAAAACAGAAAAAAUAAAACUUAUAAACAGUCUCAGCCUUAAAGGCAGCAUCUCUGUAGUUAGUCAUGGGACCUGCACAGAAUUUUGACUUUUGGUAUUAGACAACCUAUAGUCUUCCUGAAAAACAGGACUUGUUGUAGGAACGGGCAACUGUGGCUCUGUAACAGAUGAAAGGUAUAUGCUGGCAUUCCCUGACUGAUAGGGAACAUACUUUGGCAGGAGUACUUUUCCUGACUUCUUUCAGGGAGGGGAUAGGGCAAUAGUAUUCCAGCAGUUUCUGCAACAUGUGCAAUUGUUGUGUCCCCCCCCCCCAAUUUUAAUUCUGAAAGCUUGCGUGAUUUGGGAAACAGGUUAUUUGAAUAAGUGGACCUAGACUUGCAAAUAAGCUUGUUAAUAGUAAGGAUCCUAAAUAGUGGAAUCAUGUUACAACUUCAUUCUGUGCCACUUUCACUUUUAACACCAAAAUAUGUAUUUUUCAAAGACUGUUUACAUACUUCUAGUCCUAAAUAUCAAACUAAGGGAAAAAGUGUGAAAUCUUUAAGUGCAACCAAAUGAUUGUAUAUUUAAAUGUCUUGCAGUGCAAAAUGUGCAUAUUUGUUUAUAAUAAUCAUUCAUGUUAAUGUAUAUCCAUUUGUUUUGAGAUGUACAAAUUUCAGUGGCAAUAUUAAAUGUUUUUUAAUCAA